AAUGGCAAUCCAUCUUAAUCGGAGAUUUUUAGAACACCGGUCGAAAGUGAUCGGGUAGCAUAGCUGUGCUAUUUCACCGACCACCGCAAGAGAGAGCACAAAUAAGUACUGUACUACUACACCCCAAGCUACGGAUAUUAUAUCCUCCUCGUAUUUUGUGCCUUACCUAUAGUACAUACACUGAUACAUUUGCUCAAUCAACUUGUUUCAAAAAUGGCGUCGCCGUCGGAUCACCAUGCCACCGUCAUCGACGGCAAGGCAAUAGCUCAGACUAUCCGAUCUGAAAUCGCGUCGGAAGUUAGCAUUCUCUCCGAAAAGUACUCCAAAGUCCCAGGAUUGGCUGUUGUGAUUGUAGGAUGUAGGAAGGAUUCUCAGAGCUAUGUGAGCAUGAAAAGGAAGGCAUGUGCCGAAGUUGGGAUUAAAUCCUUCGACAUAGAUCUUCCGGAGGACGUACCUGAGGCUGAAUUGAUUGCCAAGGUAGAUGAGUUAAAUGCAAAUCCUCAAGUACACGGUAUACUUGUCCAGCUUCCACUACCAAAACAUAUAAAUGAAGAGAAAAUAUUAUCUCAAAUCAGCCUCGAGAAGGAUGUCGAUGGCUUUCAUCCUCUGAACAUUGGCAAGCUUGCCAUGAAAGGAAGAGACCCCCUGUUUCUUCCUUGCACUCCUAAGGGAUGUCUUGAACUUUUGUCAAGAAGUGGUAUUAGCAUUAAGGGGAAGAAGGCAGUAGUGGUGGGUCGAAGUAACAUUGUUGGAUUACCAGUUUCACUUCUACUUCUUAAGGCGGAUGCCACUGUUACUGUAGUCCACUCACGUACUCCAGAUCCAGAGAGUUACAUACGUGAAGCAGACAUAGUGAUUGCUGCAGCAGGACAGGCAAUGAUGAUAAAAGGAAGCUGGAUAAAGCCUGGGGCUGCUGUGAUUGAUGUUGGGACCAAUGCUGUUAAUGAUCCAAGUCGAAAGUCAGGGUAUAGGCUUGUGGGAGAUGUUGAUUUUCAGGAAGCUUGUAAGGUAGCCGGUUGGAUUACACCUGUUCCAGGAGGCGUAGGACCACUGACUGUUGCAAUGUUACUCCAAAAUACUUUGGAAGGUGCCAAGCGAGUGAUCGGGCAGUAAAUUUCAGUAAAUUUAUGUUGUUACUUGCUAGAGGCGUCAAGGUCUGAACAGUUCUAAAGAACAACCCUUGGUGGAUGAAAUUUUCACUCUCUCUAGUGUUUGCUGCGACUGGCAAGUUGCAGAUAUGUAUUAUUUUUUUGAGUUGAAGGUAUGCAUAUCGAAGGUUAGCUCUAGUCAGCCUUCUUGCAAUCUGCAACUAACGCAAAUGAUAAAACCCCUUCUCAUGGUCUUAUUCUAUGUAGGGUUCACUAAGUAUAUUCUGCUAUGUUCAUCAAGUAACCUGUUGUGAUUUUGUAAUGUAAAUAAAAUAUCUUUGUCUCGAACUAUUUCUUUCA